AUGGAUCAUACAGACCAGCAUGAUAAUCCAGCUAAUGAUCCUUCCAGCCCCUUCUACUUACAUCCUGGAGAAAAUCCAGGAUUAACACUCAUUUCUCAGGUCCUAAGUGAGACAAAUUAUUCCUCUUGGAGUAGAAGCAUGAGAAGAGCUCUUCUCUCCAAGAACAAGAUUAAAUUCAUUGAUGGGUCAAUCAAGAAACCCAAAAGAACUGAAGCCUUGUUUGAUACAUGGGAAAGAUGUAACAUGAUGGUGCUCUCAUGGAUCAUAAAAACACUUUCCCCACAAAUUGCUGAAAGUGUAAUAUAUGUUGAAGAAGCUAAAGAAUUGUGGGAUGAAUUGAGGGAAAGAUUUUCUAAAGGAGACUACUUCAAGAUUUCAGAUCUUCUCCAAGAUAUCCACUCAAUUACACAAGGGGAGAGAACUGUCAACCAGUUCUUUACUGACUUAAAAAUUCUUUGGGAAGAAUUAGAGUCACUUAGACCCAUACCCAAUUGUACUUGCAAAAUUCCUUGCAGCUGCGAACUCUCAAAAAUUUCUCUGAAAUACAGAGAGAUUGAGCAUGUUAUAUGCUUUCUAAAAGGGUUAAAUGACAACUACAAUACUGUCCGAACCCAGAUUCUACUGAUGGAGCCUCUGCCAAACAUAAACCGUGUCUUUUCCCUCAUUAUGCAGCAGGAGAGACAAGAAAGAUCCAAUGCAAAUCAGUUUGCUGAAACAACAAAGAUCCUAGUGAACACUGCUGACAGGAAUAUUAACAGCUGGAAAAAUGACCAGUCUUGGAAGAACCAAGACCGUGGUACUGGAGCAAAUGGACAGGGAAGAGGAAGAGUGAGAAAUCCUAAUCAUGGAAAGCAAUGCUCCUACUGCAACAAGAUGAACCACACUGUGGAUGAGUGCUACUCCAAGCAUGGCUAUCCACCUUGGUACAAAAAGACAGAUAACAGUCAAGAGAAGAAGGGAGGCUGGAAUUCAGCAAAUAUCUGCCAUAGUGCACCUGGACCAGAGACUGUUCAAAAGGGGAGCACGAAUACAGCUCUCAACUCUCUCACACAAGACCAAAUGGAAAAGCUUCUCAAGAUGAUUGAGAAAGCGGAUGACUCUACACACAAAAUUAACCAGAUGAACAGAAAUGAAAAGGAAGACAAAACAGGUACACUUUCUUGGAUUAUUGACACUGGAGCUAUUGAUCAUGUUACUUAUGAUAAAGGAAAUUUUAUGAAAGCUAAUAUUGUUUGUGAUAUUUGUCACUAUGCUAAACAACAUAAGUUGUCUUUCCCUACAAGUAUUUCCCUAUCUGAAGAGUGUUUUGAUUUGAUUAUUGUGACAUAUGGGGUCCCCUUUCUAUUCCAUCUAUUCAUGGUCAUAGGUACUUUCUUACUAUUGUUGAUGACUAUAGCAGACAUACCUGGCUUGUAUGAUUCUCAUGGAAUCAAUCACCAAACCAGUUGUGUUGAGACUCCUGAACAGAAUUCUGUUGUGGAGCGUAAACAUCAACACAUUCUUUAUGUGACACGAAGCCUCAUGUUUCAGUCUAAUCUACCCAAUGCCUAUUGGUCAUAUGCUCUCAGUCAUGCUGUUUAUCUCAUAAACAGAUUACCUACUCCCAUCCUGAAAAAUAAAACUCCCCAUGAUUUCAUCUACAAUGUCCCUCCCACCUAUUUGAACCUCAAGACUUUUGGAAGCCUUUGUUUUGCUUCCACUCUUGAGAGUGGAAGAAACAAGCUUGACCCGAGAGCUAAAAAGGGCAUUUUUCUCGGUUUCAAAAGUGGGGUCAAGGGUUACAUUGUCCUUGACAUCCACACUAGAGAGAUAUUUAUAAGCAGAAACGUUGUUUUCUAUGAAAGUGUUUUUCCUUUGAAAAAUCAACAAAAUAGCACAGGAAUUGAUGACCAAGAAAUUAGCAAGACUGUCUUCCUCAAUGACCCUCUAAACAGUUCUGCCACUAGAGGGGAUGGAAGGUUAGUUGAAGAGGAAGAACAUCCAAACAUCACUGAUCAAGAAGAUAUUGACAGAGACACUGAUGGAAGUGAAGCAGAUCACAAGUAUAGAGGAUCUGAAAGUGAUAUUGAUGGACAGAUUGAAGAAAAUGAAGGAGAACACAGGUGCAGAAGGUCAGACAGAGUAAAAAGAGCUCCAGGGUAUAUUCACCAGGUUAAUCAAUCCUUAACUGAGAAAAAUAAUCUCAAAACGCCUUAUCCUAUUUCUAAAUCAUUGUCUUGUGAUUCACUGACAGAGAAACAUCUAAGAUACAUUAUGGCUAUCACUACCAGCACAGAACCACGCACCUAUAAUGAGGCCAAAGACGUGAGUGAGUGGGCAGAAGCCAUGAAAAGAGAGAUCAAGGCCCUGCAGGACAACAACACAUGGUUCCUAACCAAACUUCCACCAGGAAAGACUGCAAUAGCCUCCCAGAGUUGGUUUCUACACCAACUAGAUGUGGACAAUGCCUUCCUCCACGGUGAGUUAAAAGAAGAAGUGUACAUGGAACCGCCACCUGGCCUUGCAGGUUGCGAUAAAGGUCAAGAGGUCUACUACAGGAUUUUGUAUUUUCCUUGGGUCAUCCCUCAUCUCAUGGAAAUCAAAAAAACAGAAAACGGUUUCCAGAUCUCUACUGAGGAAGAAUACCGAGCUUUAGCAGCAACUACGUGCGAAAUACAGUGGAUCAACUAUCUUUUGAGUGACCUACAGGUGCAAGAAGCUGGAAUUCCAGCUCUUUACUGCGACAACAAGUCUGCUAGACACAUAGCUCACAAUCAGAGCUUUCACGAAAGAACUAAGCAUAUCGAGCUCGAUUGUCAUGUUGUCCGAGAAAAAGUACAAGCUAAUCUACUCCAUUUACUCCCCAUUCACUCAGAUGAACAGCUAGCGGACGUUUUUACCAAGUUUCCUCAUCGUGUUCGUUUUCGAUCCGUCGUUCCCAAGCUCAGAUUGCUGACCAUCCACCAUCCAGCUUGA